AUGUCUGAGAGCUUGAACGAAGAACGGCCCGGCCAUGAUGUCGCCGAUUGGACACGCCAGGGGAUUUACAUUACUAUUGGCGUCUCCCUCGUGGUCGCAUUGGGCUCCAUUGGGCUCUCGGUUGCGACCUUUGCUGGCCAAUUAGUGUAUACCGGACUAUCAAGCUCUUCCAUCAUCGGAGAGUUGCUCCCCUUGGCUUUUAACAUUGUUGUCGCUAUUCUCACAGAUAUUUUGAGCUUUGCCCACAGUGUUUCCCUGCGCCGGGUUCUUUACAAGGAAAAUCGACUCGAGUACAACUCAAACCUGAGACUAUUCACAAGCACCAAACGGUGUAACUCGAACCGCUGGCCAGCCAAUCUCAUGUCAGCGAUUCUCCUGGUUACAAGCUAUACAGCCGCAAAUGCCGCCUUGUACGUCUACAAGGAGCAGAAUGGGGCCAAGAAUAUCAGCCUCAAUGCCGUGGCUUUCAUGGCUCUUGGAAUAUCUCUCAUUGGCCAGAUCAUCAUUGCUAUUUGGAGCUUAUACGGGGCAGACGACUGGGUCCAUUCAUGGAGCGCCAACCCCCUUAAUACCGCAUUACCCUUCCUCAAUAAAGGCGUCCGGUAUCGCGUCCUUGGGCGUGGAAUGAUGUCAGUUCGCGAUAUCCUUGCUCAGACCCCAGCUGGGCCAAAGCGGCCACAAGAGAGACAGCAAAAUAUGAUCAAAGGCUACCCCCAUGUCGGCUAUAUGCUAUGGAUUGUAGGGGCUGCCUUAGCGCCAGAUUUGCUUUUUGCGGCGAUCGUGUGCAGAUUGACCUUUCAGCAGCACCUGUCAGCGCAAUUGGCAUUUCUUGUUCAGGACGGCAUGUAUUCAUUCUUCAGCUUCGCCAUGCUGUAUGAAUGGAGUCCGUAUGUCAUUCUGCUGGUUACCUUUGUCCUGGGCAUAGCUUUACAGGCGUGUAUUACGCUCACUCUGCAUUGCGCCGAACUGGUGGUCAACGUUUCCCGCGACGAGGAAUUCUGGCGAAGGGCAUAUAUUGCCACGGGGAAAGGCGCGAAAAUCAACGCCAGUCCAGUCAUUUCGGCUUUGAGUAACUGGUCUUGGGUCAUCCUCUUCAUCAUAAAGCCCAUUGCACAGUGGCUGUUUGGUACAGCAUCAAUGUCCCUGGGUCAGCGAGGCGAAGGGGACGGCGUGGUUUGGUUCAACUCCGUGCCUCUCUUUGUCCUGGGCGGGCCUGCAACGUUCGGACACAUCGAAGCUCUGGCCAACCUUAUCGAUGAUUGGGGAGGAGACAUCAAAGGCAGAAUCUAUUGGGGGGAGAAGAGCUCUGUGACUCCAGUAUGGGGCAAAGCUGCCGACGUCUGGGACCGUAAACCUCCACUGCUCAGCUCCAUUGCGCUGUUUGCUAUUGGGUCCGCCAUAUGUGGAUGGCCGAAGGACCUUGUGCAACUGAUCUCGGGUCGUGCUGUGCAAGGGUCUGCAGCUGGAGGCAUCAUUGUGCUGGUUAACAUCUGGAUGAGCGAUGUGUGGGAUGCACGGACUCUGGACUGGAUUGGAACCGUCGCAAUCAUCGGGGUCACCGUCAUGAUCCUGCUCAGUCUGGACUUUGGCGGGGUGUUCUCGCCCUGGGACUCCCCGAAGGUCCUAAGCCUUCUUAUAUGUGGCUUUGUGCUGUUAACAUUUCUCGUCUUCUGGAAGGCCAGAGGCGCGUCGAACCCUCUGGUGCUAUCCCAUCUAUUGGACUGCACGUCCAAAGUCAGUCCACUGAUGGUCAGCUUCACCCACGGGUUUGUACGGACUCAUCAACCGCCAGUAUUCUCCAGUGCAAGCGCUGAUCAACACGUUCUCAUAAUGCCCAUCGUCGUGGUCCAGGCCAUUACAGGUCUUGUCGCAGGCGCCAUAACAUACCGCUUCGACUGGAUCCGCCCACUUAUAUGGGCGGGAAUGGCCCUUACGACGCUUGGUUUCGGCCUCUUCAUCGGUAUCGGCACAUCGACCUCCCUUGUCCUCACAGUGAUUAUCGAAAUCGUGGUUGCUCUUAGAAUAGGCAUCACUUUCCAAGCCCCACUAUUAGCGUACCAGUCAAUCGUUGGCUCGGCGUAUACGGUGGUGGCAACGGCACUAUUCGGAUUAGUUCGGAGUCUGUCGACGUCCAUCUCAAUCGUCAUAGGUGGCAUUGUUUUCCAGAAUAGUAUGUCGACGCAAAGCAAACACCUGAGUAGUAUUCUAGGAGCACAGCUAGCUCAAAACUUUUCGGCCACGACGGCAGCGACCAAUGCAUUGACAAUACGCACACUACCUUUCUACCAACAGACGGAGGUGAAGAAUGCAUAUGCUUCCAGCCUAAAACAUAUGUGGAUUAUGUACGCGAGUACAGGCGGACUGGGCCUCAUCGCGGCGCUUUUUGUGAAGACGCAGGCACCUGGCCAGGCAAGCAGUGAACCCUCAGAAAGAGACGGUGUGGAACUCGUUCAGGCAGGGAGUCAGCCCGCCAGCUGA